CAGCAAAGGCCGUAAUCGCUGCAUCAUUAAUGGCACGAUUCCAGACUCACGAGACAAGGUUUCUCCUGCAUUAUCAGCAACAUAACUAGUGCAACCCUUUUGAGCCAAGGCGCCCGCAAAGUACAUACGGCCCCUGCCUGCCUUGGCUUUGAUCUGAUUCUGUUUCGCUUGUAUAUCCCACAAUGUCACUUUUUAGCGGCGGGUUGCUUGGAGAAGGAGGACGGGAUACCAGGGAUGCGAACGGUGAUGGUGCCGUGUCCAAUAGUCUCUCCGGCCUAUCCAUUGCGGGGGAUCGGAAACCAGCCGCUUCGCCCAGCGUAACCAGUCAGGGAGUCGUUUCUUUCGAUAUUACAGAGAGGUUUACCAAUGCAGCCAAAGCUCUCAAACCGGGAGGAUUGGUCAAGGAUGGUUAUUUUACGCUUUUUGAGUCCGUCGGGGCUCUCGAGAUCAUGGAUCCGAAAAUGGACAGCGGUUGUUUGGCAGAUGGCGAAUCUCUUGAUCCUGACUACGAUGUCGCGAGGCCUCUGCUUCCUACAGAAGUUAUUGGUAUCAUCGACCAGCUACUAUGUCAUGAGAUGUCAUGGCACUCUGGUUAUCCCCUCUCACAGACCAUUCUCACCAGUGUUCACAUCACGAGGAUGAUGGACCCGACACCUCAAACGAUUGACGAAGCACACUUUAUUCGCCGGUGUGACUUUAACAGCACGGAAACUGGCAAUGGUAAUGGCAGCGAACUGGAGGCCGCAAUGCAUACUAUCCUGCGAGCAUAUUGUCUGGGACUUUUAAAGACAUGCUGGUAUGUCAAUGAGCAAAUCAAAAGCGAGCAUUACUACGAGGAGGAGGACUUUGUGACAAAUACAUACAACCAAAGUCUACUGGACAACAUUAGCCGGGAGGAGAUACGGGAUAACAUACAGGAUGCCCGGUCUCUAGUCCGUCGUCUACAGAAUGUCUUGACCAUGGACAUUAUUGAAGCACUUGACUAUCGUCUAGAGUUGCGGUAUGCAAUUCUCCGUGCCAUCGAGCUCACGGGUCUGCGCAGCAAUCCCGACUCGAUCAAAAUGCCCUGGGUAGAACUCAAGGCUGUGUUGGAGCAGGUCAACUCUUCCCACUACCUUGGACAACCCGUCCCAGAUGCCUUUAGCUCAAAGCUACAGAGAAGAUUGGCUAGUACGAUGCCACCGCGGCCGAUUGUCGAGCUUGAGUUCUCACAAGCAUAUGAGAUGUGGUCUGCAUUUGUCGCGGAUGGGUUGGAGAUUAUACAAGUGCUCAACUACCAUGACCCCCAGACUCUGCUGAAUUUUGUGUUUUGGUUUCAGGCCAAGAAACCACAGCCCAUAGUCUUCAUUCGCACGCUCCUAGAGAGCUACAUAUUCAAGGAUCAAAUCAUACUGGGCACCAAGAGUAUCCGACAGCUGAUGGAUGAUGACUUCUCCCUGGUCGUCAUGCCGUGCAGCCUACUUCUCGAUCCGCAAAACGACUCGGUGGAGAUACCUCACGACCCUCGCUACGCAAUUUCAUACCAGAUGGAGGUUUUUCGGCAGCGUGCAGCUCAGCAUUACCUUGAAAUAUUCCAAUCUCUAUGCCAAAAUCGCUGCCGUUCACGGCGAAAUAUGUGCCAUCUUAUUAAUGAGCUGGACCUGGUACAGAUUGACGCCGAAGAGGUCGAUCAGCUCCUGAGAAUAGCUGCGGAAGAGCAUCCGCUUAAGCAGCAGACGCGGCUAGAUCCCACAGACCCCAACUCGACCUCGAACGCUCUUCCCCUUUCAUCAUGGGUAUACCUCUACAAGCUUCGGCUGAUGGAAUGGAUUGUUCAACUUGGCUUCGAGCUUUCCCUGUAUGCCCCGGACGAGAUGGGCGGCAUGUACUGGUACCUGACGUAUCUGGCACAAAAGCGGAUACAUCACCUCGAACGCAUCAAAAAGUUCACGCUUCUCAGCAUGCACGAGCUGCGCUUGAGGCACAAAUCGAGCAAGCAGGGCACCGAAGACCUCAGUGAUCUGCCACCAGAACAGGAGGCCUUGCUCACCAGAUCUCUAUCCUACCUACGCAACGCAAUGAUCGACGCCGCCGUGACUAUGGAGCUGGCUACGGCGCUGCACUGCCUGUACACGGCCCUGUACCGGCUCCAACUCAUCCGCCCCGCCCCGCCAAACGGCUUCAGCAACGAUGAGCUGCGGUACGAGGUGCGCAUGAAACCCUUCACCGGCAUAGGGCUGCCCGAGCUGCCUUCGUACGAGCUCUACUCUCGGCAGUCCACGCUGAGGCACCUCGCCACCACGACUGAGGUGUUGGACAUGGCGGACAAGGCCGUCGCCAGCGCCCGCAAGGCGUAUGAGCACGUCGUCAAGUUCACCGAGAAGGAGGCUUUCGCGGUUGGACCUACGCACCAGCGCUGGCUUGCCGGGACCAAGAGCUGCAUUAAGUCUUGCAUCGCGACGGGGAUAGCCAUAACGAGCCUGAGGCAGGACGGCGAGUCGCUGCGGGCCGAGGUGCCACUUCCGGAUCAGUGCUAUAAUCCAUGGUGGAUUGUCCCCAAGGUCAAUUCGGACAAACCGGAGUGAAUGCGCUCGGCCUGGGUAUAAAUCGGUGUUUUGGCAUAGGACCCCAAAACUACCGACUACUACCGAGCAAUGGAAGCUAUGCAGCAUUAAAGAUAAGACGUGAGCUAGCCUUGAAAGCGCAUAUAUAGCCUACUGUCAUAAUAAUCGCCAGC